ACAGUCUAUGGCCGAGAUGCAAUAUUGAAAGACACGUAGGACAAACGUUUGGGGUAGUACGGUUUGUCCUCGCUGCCAGUCCGUAGUAGGCCUUGAAACGAAUGAAAGCUAACAAGCUACCUAACUACAAAAGGUAAAGGCAAAAUCAUGUCAGCAGACACCAAAAUCGCAGAGCUUUUAACAGAGCUCCAUCAACUCAUCAAGCAGACGCAGGAGGAGCGGUCGCGCAGUGAACACAACCUGCUCAACAUCCAGAAAACACAUGAGAGGAUGCAGACUGAGAACAAGACCUCCCCUUAUUACCGGACUAAGCUGAGGGGACUCUACACCACAGCCAGAGCAGACGCUGAGGCAGAGUGCAGUAUUCUUCGUCAUGCCCUCGACAAAAUUGCAGAGAUCAAAUCCUUAUUGGAGGAGAGGCGAAUAGCGGCUAAGAUGGCAGGGGUGAACAGCGACAAUGACCCCCCCAGGAAGACCAUGCGGAGGGGGGUGCUGAUGACACUGCUCCAACAGUCAGCCAUGACGCUCCCGCUGUGGAUCGGCAAGCCAGGAGACAGUCCUCCUCCCCUGUGUGGGGCGAUGCCAGCCAGCAGUGACUACGUGGCCAAGCAGGGGGACAAGGUGGCAGCGCGGGUCAAGGCCGUGGACGGAGACGAACAGUGGAUCCUGGCCGAGGUGGUCAGCUACAGCCACUCCGCCAACAAGUACGAAGUGGAUGACAUUGAUGAGGAAGGAAAAGAGAGACACACCCUGAGCAGGCGGCGUAUCAUCCCCCUGCCUCAGUGGAAGGCCAACCCAGAGACGGACCCGGAGGCCCUGUUCAGUAAAGACCAGCUGGUGCUGGCCCUCUAUCCCCAGACCACCUGCUUCUACAGAGCCCUCAUCCACACACACCCACACCGGCCCCAGGACGACUACUCAGUGCUGUUUGAGGACACGUCGUACGCAGACGGCUACUCCCCGCCCCUCAACGUAGCUCAGAGAUACGUGGUGGCCUGCAAAGAGAACAAAAAGAAGUAAAGAAGAGAAGAGGGAGUCAGUCGAUAUCAAGGGGACUGAAGAUGCUGUGUAGACAAGUGUUUCCAACCACCCCUCUCAGAAUAACAAUGGGUUCCUUACCCAAGCCACAACUUAUGGACACACUGAGGGCAGGUUUGUGCAGCUAUCUGUGAGGCUCAGUCAAUCUAGGGAGUUGUAUUGAUAUCCAACGGUGUGUUAUCAUGGCUCAUCUGUUUGAUCAUCGUGGGACGUGCAGGAUGUUCUGUGCUCUGUUCUGUCUGUAUUGGCCUGGUGGUGACAUGACUAUGCUUCUUGUGGAACGGGCUAUGCUGCAUGUGUGAUGUAAAAAAAGAAAUGUACACAAAUGUUUUUUUUGUUCAAAUUUGUAUGUUGACUAUGGACACUGAGUAAGAAUAAAUGUUUUUUUU